GAUUCUUGACGAAGAACGAGGAUUUUCUUUUGCGCUUUGUCAGCCAUCUGUCAAGAACAAGGGUAACUUUUUGUAUCAUGAGCCUUAGAGCAACUUUGUCUUAGCUGUUUUCCAGACAAAGGAACUAUAUUUAGGGACCAGAUAAUAAUUUUACUCCUUUCACUGGGCAGAGUAGAUUCUAUUGUGUCUUCUGUGUUGACGUAUAUACCAUCGUCACUAGUCAUACAUUAAAUUAGAGGCCCUUGAGCCUACUUUGAUAAAAAGUUUCUCUCUCAUUGGAACAGCAACAUGAACAAAUAUUCAGGCGCACUGGCAACAAUCACUAUUUUAUUGCUCGUUGAAUUCCUUCUUGCAGCAGAGCUCUCAGGAGAAAUUCAACCUGACAACAAAGUUACUUCUUCUCCUCCUACAAAUAUCCUGGAAACCAAACGCAAUCUCCUACCCAACGAAACCAAUCCACAAUGUCCCUCUGACUAUUUUCUAGAUACAGAGAGUCUUCAGUGCACAAAUGAGUGCUCCCAGGACAUGUUUAUUUCUGCAAAAACAUGCGUUAAAGCUUGUCCACCAGAUUCCUAUAUUACUGCGGAUCGCAACUGUGUUACCAGUUGCCCAACAUCACAGCCAUAUGUUGACAUCGUCCAAGAUUACAAAAUUUGUCGUUCGACUUGUCCAUCUUGGAAGCCAUUUAAGAAUGGAAGACUUUGUGUGGCACAAUGCAAUUCGUAUCAAUGGCUCGAUUUGGAAAACAAGGAAUGUCAUUACGGCUGUCCUAAAGAUAAACCUUUGCGUGAUGGCCGCAUCUGUAGACAUCAAUGUCCAAGUUACCGAGUACAAGAUGGAGAAAAUUGUUUAGAUAGCUGUCCAGCUAACAAAUUUCUCCUCAACAGUACUUUCUGCACAAGUAGCUGUCCACAAGAUAUGGUAUAUGAUGGCCAAGUUUGUCGCUAUCAUUGCCAUGGGAAGUUCCGCGUAACAUUAAACUAUCAAUCACCAGUCUGUGUCGAAACCUGUCCUCCAUCGAAACCACUUCUCGAUGGUGAAACAUGUGUCGACCAAUGUCCAACAGGCAAAAAACAACAUAACAAUACCUGUGUGGAAUUCUGUCCAGCAGAGGCACCGUACAAUUUGAACAAUCAAACUUGUGUAUCCGAAUGUCCGGAGAGACUAGCACUUUCCGGUUUUGACUGUGUCGAUCGCUGUCCCAAUAAUACAGUUCUUUAUAAUCGAGCAUGUAGAACAAGUUGCGACUUUUCAGAAGCUCCAUUAAUCGACGAUGGAAAGUGUGCAUCCAAAUGUUCUUCUAAAAGACCAUACAUUGUUAUUAGUGGUCAACCCUUCAUACAAACUUGUGUCGAUCAGUGCCCUUCUUAUUGGCCUUAUGUCUAUCAAUCUAUAUGUCGCUCUUCUUGUCCCGAUUACACUUAUCGAUCAGGAAAACUUUGUCUAGACGCCUGUCCUUCCAACUCUGUCAUAUACGGUAGAGAAUGUCUUGAUUCCUGUCCAAAAGGAACCUUUAUAAGCGAUCAAUUGUAUGAUGGUAACGCAAACUGCGUACAUGCGUGCCCUUCUGGAAGAAACAAUGCCACACACUGCAUAGCCAUGGAUAAACCAAAGCCAUCCAAGACACCCCAACCUAGUAUUGAACCAGCAACCAACAACACAAACAGCAGCAAUUGUACUAUUCAAGAUGUUGCAGCCUUGAUUAAUAAUGUUUGUUUGGAAAAGUGCUUUGCUGUAAGAAUUGUCAUGUAUGAGUUGGAACGAACGGUAUUCCAAGAAUUAUUUAGAAGAGUAUUGGAUAAUCAGUAUCAAGUAACACCUGAAGAAAGAAAAGCUUUGGUACAGUGUGAUAAUAGUAUUGUUCGAAGAGGUAUAUUUUCAGCUUUGACGUCUUUUUCGUUAAUUUAUUAUGGGCUGAAACAAUUUCAAAAGCAUUUCAACGCUUCGAGCUCUUUGAGGCUUCGUCCCGCAAUACCAGCCACUCUAUUAGGUUUAACCACUGGAUUCUUCUAUGGAAGAACUGCUGCACCAGGUUGUCUACAAAACCUUAUGAAUGUUCCCAAUUCAGCUGUAGCAGAAGAAGUAAAAAUUAUUAUAAGGGAACUUUAUGAACAGUCUCCAUCCUCGACUACAGGUCAAACCAUAGCAACUCGAUAUGGUUUCCUAUUGGAUAGCACAACAGUACCUAUGAAAAUAUCUGAUGUAGGUUUUGGAGAUAACGAAAAUAGUGAUUGGAAGGAAGUUGAUACUUGGCAAUCAGAUAAUUCGAUAUAUCAAGGCACAGUUCAAAAGAGAGUGGGUCCCAGAAACUCUGACAAAAGAAGAGUCAUUCGUCCCAAUGACAAGGUGCAAAACCAUAUUCAUCAAGAUGCUUUAGCCAAUUCUACCUCUUCAUUACCUAGUAACGAAACAGAUUAUGGAUUUGCAUCAUUGCCUGGAUAUUCAAGCAGCCAAUCAGAUAGCGAUGUAUUAGAGUCAUGGGAUAUAGGAAAUGAUAAUCAACAAGAAAAUACAAACAAUGAACCAAAUGUCAAAAAAGAGUCGCAUAGAAGAAGAAGAAGAAAUGAGUUUCGUAAAAGUAAUGGGCAAGUUAAGUCCUUGGAAAGUGAUCCAACUGAGCAAGGAACAAUCCAGACAGAUACAAAAGAUUUACUUUCCAGUCGUCAAGAUACGGAUGCCUUGUGGGAUUCAUCUUUCUCGGGUAAAGGAUCUUCAGCAACUGCUUUUUAAGUGCACAGCAUCUUCUCGCAUGUCUUUUCCAAAAAAAAAUAGGUUGAUUGGUCUUCUCAUUGAACUGAAUUGCUCAUAAAUCUUUUUUUUGAAAAUUGCUAGUCGAGAAGCCAUGAAUUUUGUAUGUUCUGAUGGUUUGUAUGAUAAGAAUACCUCGGAUAAAUACUCCCGUUGUUUUUGCUAUAAACCAAAAGAUUGUAAA